AUGACGCUUGACGAUGCUGCAGACACCAUCUUCCCACUGCCAGGGUCGAUUCCCAAGGCCUGGGACCCCGAGGAGCUGCGGCGAUGCGGAGCGGUAGAAACAAGUCUUCGUGCAUCAUUCGACCUAGAGGGUGAAGUCCACCCGGUCUUCUGCAACUGGGACAUGUCCGGGGAUGGCGACGCCGGCGAGGAGCUGAUGUUGCGUGAACUGCACCAACCACUGCUGCUGGCGAGCAGGCUCCUCGAAGGCGCAGGACUGCCCUGGCUCUCCGAGUUUCUCAUCGACGACAUCUUCGGCGCCUCGUACCCGGGGCUUCCGCCGCCGGCUCUUCCCGAUAGUCAUCAUGGCGAAGUCGAUAAAGAAAGCGAUAUCAACAGCAUCUGCCAGUCUCGGACGCCGGUCGUGAUCGUGCGCCACCACCGCGCGGCCUGGGCAACGCCGCGCCUCGUGCGGACGUGGCUCGACGCGACGGCGCGCGAGCUGCGCACGGCGCUACCCCGGUGCGUGCUGUGGCAGCUUGACGGGGUCAUGUUCGCGGCGUUUGGGUGGGUUGGAUACACGUGCCGGCACCUGUUGCGCGAGGGCACCGGCGGCGUGGACAGCAACGUGGACCACCCGAACGUGAUUAGAGACGCCGACGCCGAGGCGAGGAGACGGGGGGUUCCGAGCCGCUUCUUGACGGUCCUCGUUAUACGAGAGUACACGGCGCGGCUCUGUGCCCUACGGCAGCUGGGGCAGUUCGGUGGCGAGGAGUACAUGCUCACGGCCUUUAUGUUGGCCGUGACGGCGUUGCAUGAACUGGGACAUGCAAUCUACUGGAAGGACCUGCGUGCUGCUAACCGGUGCAUGAACGAGCCCUACUUUGGCGGCGAUCUUGAAAUGGAGCUUGGCGACAGCUUCAUCGCCUCCAUAUUCGGCGACUGGACGCCCGUUCCUAUCGAGCACACGCACGACGAGUUCGGCUGGCGGGGGACCUUUGAGCGUGGGCUGGCCUGGAAGCAGCAUCUCACUUGGGAUUUCCAUCGGACCAGGCCAAGAUACCGGGCUCACUAUUCCAUACCGGUCAAGUAG